CUUCGGGAAGUACAUACAUAGGUACCACCUAUGCCUCGCCCGAAAUGUCGGGUACUUGUCGAGUGUUGCCCCACCUGAGUGGUCAUACUCGAACCUUGAACCCCGCGGUGGAGCUCGAAUUAUCCCCUCCAAAGCAAAAUCCCUCGUGAAAUUCUGCCUCCAACACCGAAUUCCAGGAUUGUUUCUCGACAGCCUUUCGCCAAAAUGUCGUCCCAAGCAGUGGCAUCCAUCGAGCUGACGUCUCUACCCCUGAUUGCACAGGGUAAGGUGCGAAAUCUGUACGAGAUUGACGAGUCUACACUGCUCUUCGUCACCAGCGACCGCAUUUCGGCAUACGAUGUUGUGCUCGUCAACGGCAUACCAGAUAAGGGCAAGAUCCUCACCCAGAUCUCGAGCCACUGGUUCUCAGUACUCUCCGCGAAAAUACCGAACCUCAAGCACCACCUCAUCACUCUAACCCCUCCGCGCUCCCUGUCGCCCGCCGACCGCGCCCUCGUCCACGGCCGCUCCAUGCAGGUCAAAAAGCUCCGCGUGUUCCCAGUGGAAGUCAUCGUUCGGGGAUACCUUACUGGGACGGCAUGGAAGGACUACGUCAAGACGGGCGCCGUCAAUGGCAUCCCCCAGCCGGCGGGGCUGGAACAUUGCGCCGCGUUUCCCGGCGGGCCCAUCUACACGCCGUCCACGAAGGCGCCCCUGGGAGAGAAGGAUGAGAAUAUCACGCCGGAGCAGGCGCGGAAGAUCGUCGGAGAUAAAUACGCGGAUAGGAUUGCAGAGCUCGCGGUCUCGAUAUAUAAGGCCGCGGCCGAGUAUGCGCUGGCCAGAGGCAUCAUAAUCGCGGACACCAAGUUUGAGUUCGCCCUCGACGAAGCCAACGACGAGGUGGUUUUGGUUGAUGAAGUUCUCUCUCCUGAUUCCUCUCGAUUCUGGCCCGCAAGCUCGUACGAAGUAGGACGCGAACAGGAGAGCUUCGAUAAGCAAUAUCUCCGGAACUGGUUGACAUCUCAGGGCUUGAAUGGAAAAGAGGGGGUCGAGAUUCCCGAGGAGGUGGUGGCGCAGACGAGGGAGAAGUACAGGGAGGUUUUCGAGCUGUUGACCGGGAACACUCUGGAGACGGUUUUGGCUGGGUUAGAGCAGUAAAUUUGGGCAACCCAAUAAACAUUCAACGCAAGAUGAGCGCGUCUGGCAGUCUACAAUGUAUGAACUCCUGAUUCGGCCGGACCUAGUUUCCAGUCCCCAGACGCUCGGUGAAGCUCGGGCUCGGCGAACAGAUUACUCCUGCGUCAUCUAAUAACCGGAGU